GGACGAAGUUCCUACAAUAUCGCACUUACAGCCAGAUCACAGAGCUUCGACAAUGCGUGUAUGUGCUCCGGUACUCUGCAGGCCUCUGCCAGCUAUUUCCACCAAGUCAGCAGUCAUGGCGACGGGAAGCCUUCUUCAUGGAUGUGGGCUUUGGAUGCCCGAGACUUCAAGCUCCGCAAAGCCUGGCCAACCCUCAUUCAAGAUAUACAGCCAUCUAUUCCUGAAUAUUACGUCGGCGAACCAAACCCAGUUGCGAAGUUCCGGGAUGCGAUUGAGCAAAAUCCGACUCUCUACAGCCUUGCUAUCUCUAUGUCCGACGAAGUGCCCACCAAAGCGCCCUAUGAUAGGGACGCAACCACCCUCAAGAAACGAGUCCGAAGCUAUAAGACUAUGUUAUAUCUUUUCCAAACUCUCUUAACACGGGUGCCUGAGUGGUUUUCGGGAAAAGAUUCAAGGGGAAAGGAUGUACCUACUGGUCUUAUUGGCUUUCCAUUCAAUAUCAUUCUUGACUAACCUAUGGGCACGGAAAGCGGGCGUCAGUUCUUUUCGCAUCCCGAAGUCAAUAUGCACCUCAAAGAAAUACUGACGACGUGGGGCGUGUUCCUCAAAGAAAAAUCGGGAGGGAAUGACGCUUUGCGUAAAGCUCAUUGGGGCGAGGACGAGGCUAUCAAGCAACUGGUCAAUAAGGCAAAGGAGGCUACGGCACCUCCCUUGCAAUCCGAUAACUUUUCAGACUACUUCAAAUGUCCCAAACCGACGGCGCCCAAGGAGGUUUUUGGCUAUCAGUGUUGGGAUGAUUUCUUUGUGCGGAAAUUCAAUGAUACGGUUCGUCCCCUGGAUGCGAGCGCCGCUGUCAUCAAUGCUUGUGAAUCCCACCCUCUUGCGUUCGACACCGAUGUCUCCCGGCGCGAUACAUUCUGGCUCAAUGGGGCCCCCUACUCCCUGUACGACGUGCUGGGGACCAAGGCAGCAGCCUUGAAUUUUCCUGAUAGAUUCGUGGGUGGCGCGGCAUAUCAGGCGUUCCUCAGUGCGGAUUCUUAUCAUUGCUGGCACUCCCCAGUUACAGGAAAGGUUGUACACAAAGAUCUCAUUGAUGGAACGUACUUUGCAGAGACAAAGUUUGCGGGCUUUGGCGGCUCGAGCGGGCCGGAUCCAAGUGGCCCGGAUUUGUCGCAACGCUUUAUCACCAAUGUAGCCGCUCGGGGUGUUCUUAUCAUUGACACGGGGGUCACGGGCGGCGCGAACAUCGGGCUCGUUGCGUUUGUUCCUGUUGGGAUGUCCGAGGUGUCAACCUGCGAAUGGUUUAGCAAUACUGAUGGGGACGAAACCGUUAAGAAGGGCGAUAUUAUCGGUGCUUUCCAUCAUGGUGGCUCGACUCACUGCCUCGUUUUUGAACGAGAUGCAGUGAAGUUUGAAUUUCAUCCCGGAAGCACAGUAUCCUGA